AUGACUGAGUACUACGAGGAGGGGGGGCUGCUGUACGAGCAAUCACCUCCCAUGCACAUCAAAGUGGAGUCUCCGGAGGGACCCUUUGGAGGGGGAGCCUCGGAAAACGGCUUCCCCAGGGAGGAUGAGGACUCGGAGGGCAGCUGUGACCAGAGCAGUGGAUUACCUGGGGGACUCCCCUUCAAUGUGGUAGUGGUGCAUCCGAACAUCAUGGCACCCGGCAUGUCCUCAGACGACCUCUUGUCCAUUGAACAAAACAGAGCUAUGUCAGCUGCGCUGGCUGCUGGUGGUGCAGGGAAAAGAAAGAGUCGUUUCAGUGGAGCAGAGCUGGAGGUGUUGGUGUCAGAAGUCACCCGGUGUGAAGGAGAACUCUUUGGUCCUGCGGGGAGGCUCCGGCGGCGGGAGAGAGAGCGCAUCUGGGCAGGAAUCCUAGAGAGAGUCAACGCUGUGUCUAGAGUCCCACGCACUCUUCGAGAGGUCAAGAAGCGCUGGGACGACUUGAAGAGACGCAAUGGAGGAAGGCUAGCAGAUGCCCGCCACCGCAGCUGUUACCUGCCAUCCAGCAGAGGGGCCUCGAUGCUUGGCCGUCCCUCCCAGACGAGCCCCAGGCUUCAUCAAGCCAGGCAAAAGCAAAGCACCAGACCAAAGCCCAGUUUCCCAUGCUUCCCUGACUCUGAUACAGGUGUAGGAGUGGAAGGAUCAGAGAGGGAUGGUUUGGAGAAGGAUGAGGACAAUCCUGAGCGUGAGAGAGACAUGGGAGAUCCUGAGUGUGAAGCAGACAACAGCAUGGAGGACAAACUGGGAUUAGGACUUGGUCUGGGCAUAGGACCACCUCCUCCAUCAGAGCGAUGGCUGCCUCCUUCCCCGCUUUACAGUGCUCCUUUCCUCAACGGCAGCCCUCAGCCCAGCAGCCCUCAGCCAUCACUUGGAGCACAGCAGGGUCCUCUUGAAGCCCCUCUGCGCAGUUCCUGGCUCGAAGAUGAGCUACGAGGGUUAGGGGAGGCGGCGAUACAGCUGGGAAAUCGGGUAGAAAAAAGUCUGCGGGAGUUUGGUGAAGGUUUCAGACAGGACAUGAGAACACUUGUCGCUUCACAAGAGACAUUAGCAGUCAGUCUACAACAAAACAAUGUCCUCUUGCAAAGGCUGUUAGGAGUGCUCGAAGCCCAGCAACAACCACAGUCACAGCAACAUCGUGUACAACAAGCACACCAAUCACAAACAACUCAACAGCACUUACAGCCACAGCCAGCUCAGCAGCAGCAGCAGCAGCAGCAGCUACAACACUUGGAACCACAGCAGCAGCCGCAACAACAACAACAACAACAACAACAACCGCGGAUUGAAGCACCACUGCAGCCACAACUACAACAUCAGCAGCAGCCACAUGUAGUACAGCAACAGUCCCAGCAGCACCAAACACAAAUACAGCAGCAGCCACUGGCCACCCAACAUUCGAAUAACCAGUCGGCUGCAGCAGCGGUACCUGCACCAUCGUCCCCCGACGUACAUGGCACUUUUCCCUCUGAUCCACCCGCAGAUGCAAAUGGAGGUGUGCAGAGGCCACGGCGAGGAAGAGCAGGUGAUCACAGGCGCAGAAGACGGCGCUGAGGAGAAAGUACUUAGAAACUUAAAAAGCGCACAUCAUGAAUAUGUGGUGUUUUAAAAUGUGACAAGAAAUGAUGCUCUUUUUCUAUCGACAGUAUUUCUGUAUAAAUAAACUGUGUUAUUUGGAGUUUUACGUCGCGCUCCAAAUCCGUAAUCCAUCUCACGCUUAAGUUUGUCUUCAGAGAGGACUGAAGUGGAUAGGACAGUUAGACACAUGAGAGAAUAGGGUGGCCUUAACAUUAGCUUGGUUCCUCAGACAAACGUACAUAUUCCUGUGCUAAAAGACUUCCUGAAAACAGUUCUGUGGAGUGACAACUUCACUCAUGAGACUUUCAAUCCCCAGACAACAACAUACUGUAGGUGCUGAUGUUUAAUAUGCAUGUCACUGUACAUGCUUCGCAGCAAUUCUUCUGACACACUAACGACAUUGUCAUAAAGUACUUGUAAUCUGCAGUUGUUACCAUAUAUUGUAGUUAUACAGCUAUAGUAAUUACCUGCUAAUGUAUGCUUGUGCUUUUUUAACAGUUUCCUGGUACAUACUUUCCCAGCUUUGGUUGGACAAUAAAGUUAGACUGCGUUCUGUUCAGUGUGUUUUGAGACGAAAAUGUUACAUUUUAAAGAACUGACGUUUUACAUCACAGUAGGCUUCAUAUGUUUCUGGUGGAAUUAAAAAGCAUACUUAAGUAUGUAGGGGCUAUUUAUUAUAAUCUUGCAUGCAGUAUGAUGGAUGUGUUUGUAAGAUAGUUGCAAAGAAACAGCAUAUGGCCAUCAUCUACGUAGUUUUGCACAGCCUAUAUUUUGUAGAUAGCUACUGUUCCAUUGAAAUGUAACUAAACUUUAAUAAAAGUCAGACAUGGACUGCAAAUAAA